AUGGAGAUAGAUUUUAUGGGCCUCAACUCAACAGCAAACAGGCCCAAUAACAUUGAUGAAGUUGAACAAUAUGGUUUUAAGCAAACAUUCACAGCAGAUGCAGAAGCCAAUUUAGGUGUCGAGACAUCUUUGUCUCUUAGCACCGGUCAUUCUCUUUAUUGCCACAGAAAGAUCCUCAAUUUCUCCGAGAUUGAAUAUAUCCUUGAAUUGUGUUUGUGCCAUUUUAGGAAAAUACAUGAAAUUCAAGCCGAGCCUGCAUCAAUAACCAUGCUCUAUGAUAAUGCACAAGAUAAGCCACAGCCAGUUCCCAGUCUUUCGGUUCAUGCAAGAAUCUGCAACACAGGACCAGGAUAUACUCCAACAGUGGCUAUGGCUCGGAGGGCGACUCUAGCUAGAUUCCUGGAAAAACGAUUACAUAGAAUGAACCAAGCGAGGAAAGCUCAUCUCAUAGGGAAGUCAAUAUAUAAUGCCUCAAACAACCCUUAUGAAGCUUGUGAUCAUCACCAAAGUGUUGUUACUAGAAAGAACAACAACAACAACAACAAUAUCGUGAAGAGAUGA